UGCAGGUUUCACCUUAUAUAGGAACAAAGGCAGAAAAAUUUAUAGUAUAUGAUUAACUAUGGAGAGAGGGAAAGGCUUGGCAGAUGGGUCAUCAAUAUCCCCCGGUGGCGGAGCGGGUGGUGAUCCACCUAUUCCCACCACUCCGAGCCGCUAUGAGUCUCAAAAACGAAGGGAUUGGAACACCUUUGGGCAGUUCUUGAAGAACCAGAGGCCACCAGUUCCACUCUCUCAUUGCAAUAGCAACCAUGUUCUUGAAUUUCUUAGAUAUCUUGAUCAGUUUGGCAAGACUAAAGUUCAUUUGCAGGGCUGCAUCUUUUAUGGGCAACCGGAACCACCGGCGCCGUGUGCUUGCCCACUGAGGCAGGCUUGGGGUAGCCUCGAUGCACUUAUUGGCAGGCUACGCGCCGCCUAUGAGGAAAACGGUGGAUCACAGGCGACUAAUCCAUUUGCUAGUGGUGCAAUAAGGGUUUAUCUGAGGGAAGUAAAGGAGUGUCAAGCUAAGGCAAGAGGAAUCCCAUACAAGAAGAAGAAGAAGGCUAGCCCAGGCAAGCCAGAUGAUGAUUCCACUUCUUCCAUGCCAUUUUCUUGAUUCAAUCUAUGGAUCAAAAAUUGGGACUUGUAGACGGAGAAGAUACGUUUCGAGCAGGGAAAUUCCGUUCAAGUUGUUUCGGCUUCUAAAAUCAUCAAGCAAGACCUUAACUACGAAUAACUCAUAUAUGGCAUUCUGCACUAUAUAUUGCGGCUUUGUAUGUUAGAAUUUCUUGUGCACUUUGUGAGAUUCUAAACAUUUGUUUAUGAUUCAUGCUUUAUGAUUGUAGUUUUCUA